CACACUGGAAACUUGACGCAGGUAGGCGAAAUGUUCACCACUCAAACUCGUGCGCACCGUAUGUCAUGACAUACUCGCGAAAUUGUGCAACGAAAACAACAAAAUAAUUCUUAGAAAAUCGCGCCGCGUUUUUAUUGGUGAUAUCCGUGCAAGCCCGUGCGCUUAGCACCUUUAUAGUGCGAAAUACCAUAGAAUUUGUGUGUUGUGAUCUAAAUAAACUGUGUAAUAAUAUUACUGGUGUCUGGAUUUUUUACUGCAAUUCGCUGAUGGCGUACUGAGAUGUAAAACCUGGUUCAUGACAAAAGAAAAAACAAACAUGGGAAGCGCUCGCGAGUCACAAGCAAAACCAAUACCAAUGGAGAACACAAAUAAAAAGUCAUUAAAAACCCUCGUCAUAUCAUUUUUCACUAAAAAGAAAGAGAAACCGAAACGGAAAAGUAAAAAUGAGAUCCCAGAAGUCAAAGUUGAAACGAAAACCCCUGAACCUGUUCAGAAUAAGAACAUCGUGGCAACCAUUUUGGAAAACUUCGAUAAAAUGAACCUUGAAGACAAAAAGCCGGUUAAAGAAGACAAAGAGAAAGAGAAAUCAGCGGAUGAAGAAGAGGAAGAUGAACUAGACAAUUUCACUUUCAAAGUUAUAGAUGAGCCGAGAAACGAAAGGAUCCAUUCACAUUCAUCAGAAGACAGCGGCUUUGCAGAUACGAAAGACCAAGAAACAGUUGAAAGGGUUGACAAAGAGGUCAAAACUGAAUCAAAGGAAGCUGAUGAUUUGGCUGAAGAUUUGGAAAAACUCGGCAUUGACAAUGAAAGUAAAAAGAAGAAAGAGAAACGAUUGCAAACUGUUCAUUUGUCGAGAGCUCCGAUACGUAAUAAUAAAAUUGGUUAUGGACCUACAGUUGCACCAUAUCCUUCACAUGACGAGAGCUAUAACAAGAUCAGUUCAAUCAACAAGCACACACUAUCAGGUGGUCAAGUUUUAGUCAACCCCUGUCAAACAACAGACAAUUUCUCCGAAGUGAAGCAAGCUUUAGAAACAGUACAGAAAAACUCGCAAUACUUACAAAAUGACAGGGAAACUUAUCUACAAGAUGUCAUGGAGCUCAUUAAAGAAGAUACGAUCGUUAAAACCAUACCACAGGUUGUUGUCACACCAGAAUACGAUUACCAACAGCAUUCGUCAAUGGAGUACGGAAAAAAACUAUCCGCGACGAAUUAUUCGGAGCAAUACGCAGAAAAAACAAUACAGCAGAAUGAUUUGAUGCAGUUAUUAGAAGAAAACUAUGAUAUGUCCCCACAGUCAAUACCGAAUUCGAUAGAUCAAUUCGGACACGAAGAGUUCACGGACAUUUUCAAUUACGUCCAAAAGGAGUACAAUCCAACUUCAAACGAUGGGUUCGUUAAUCCAGAAUACACUUAUCCUACUCCACCGCGCUCUGAAACUGUACCCAGCCCUAUGUCGGCGUCACCCGGAUCAUUCUACCCAACGAAUUCUGAAUACACACUAUCCCCAGAACGAUCCCCAAUCUACAAUAGCGAUUACGAAAAAUACCAAGAGAUCCCCCAUUUUGAAGAAGAAAAAGAAAGCACAGAUAAAAAAGCGCGGGAACGCACCGCCUCUAUAUCGUCUAUGACUAUGAAACAGUUUAAGGACAUGCAAAAGGAGAUCGUACACAAUUUCUCCAAAAAGGAUUGUUGUGAAGUUACAAGGAAACCGUGCAGGGAUCUUUUCAAAGAAUAUUUGCAACGGGUCAACCCCGCUGUCAGGAAGAACUUGUGCAUAAACUUCGCUAAAUUAGAUCUGACAGAAGCUUACAAUGUGUUAGAACCGAUCCUUAAGAAUUUGUCAGUGAGCUCUGAGAAAGAAGAUCUGGAGUACUGUCUCUUCACAAUGAUCUGCGAGAGGAUACUGGCACAGGACCCUGCUCUAUUCGUUGGAGAUGCUGGUCUAAGUAUCCUGAAGUCGGCAGCCCUCCGGUGUCCUGACAGGCCAUUGCUGACCAGAUACCUGGUGGAAUGUAUUCGAAAGGCCAUCAAGGCUAACCCGAGCCUCGUCGCCAAUAGGGAAUAUAUAUUCCAUGAGGUGGACGCUUUAGGCGAUAACUUGGUGAUAGCGUGCGCCCGUGCUGGUGACCGUUGUGCUGACGUACUGAGCGAGCUGGUCAGACCUUACGAAGGUCAGCCACCACUGUUCAGACUUAGGCACACCAACGCUGAUGGAUAUACAGCAUUGCAUGUAGCCUGCAGUCAGCACAGCUCGGCCAAUCCUCGGCUGCACACGGUUCAUGUAUUGCUCGUGCAUGCAGACUUCGACAUCGCUGAGGGGGAUCUAAAAGGCGGUGACACGGCGCUACAUCUCGCCGUAAACUCAGUCCACUGCGACCUACAACUGAUACUAAUGAUUUUCAAAAAUAUUGAUCGUAAAGAAUGGAAGAAUUUGGCACACCAUCGUAAUCUCAGUGGUAAGACGCCCUUGGAUCUCACACGCACAGCCGCGAAAAACAAGUCCCGAGUUGAAUACCCACAAGAAGUUUUAGAUUUCCUCAAAAAAUGCCGUUAAAAAUACGAUAAAAUGCAAAUAAACGCUAAAAACAUUAAAAAUUUAGUGUUUAUAUUCAAUAUCAAAAUUGUUACACCCUGUACUAUAUUGGACAAAUAUUAUACACCCUGUUUAUUGGAGACUAAUGUUGGAUUUCUUUAGUAAAGUCCAUAAUUCCUUGCACUAACUUAAACAAUUACAAAUGAAAUUAGACUUUAUUUGAAUGAUCAAGAAGUUGAUUUCUAUUCGAGAUGUAGAUUGUUAGUGCAUGCCAUUAUGAACUUUACUGUAAACGAUCCUAUAUUAAAAAUACUGUUUAUUUCAGCCUAAAAAUGGCUAUGCCUAAACUGAUGACAACAAUUAUAAAUAUUAUAUAAUAAAACGGACUAUUCAUUAUCUUCUCCGGUUUAGUUACAAAAUAAUAUUGAAAAGUAAUAACUUUCACUAAGUUUUCUUUAAGAAAACUGCUCAAAUAAGGAAGUUAUAAUAUUAAAAAGUACAAUUUUAAUAUAGUUUUUUUAACUACGAUAACGCUGAAAUAAUUCUUGUUUGUAAAUGUCAAAAAGUCCGCCAAAAUUUGUUGCAAAAGUUCAAUGAACUGUUGACGUUAUAGAAUAGACAAAAAAGUUUUUAUGUUCAAGAUGGCGGACGUACCAACUUCGUGAUUGAUAAAUGUAUACAACAUC